AAAGGUAAAGAUAAAGUAACAAGAGUGUCAACAAUAAAUAAUUAUGAAGAAGGAGGCAUCAAAAUGGUGGAUAUUGAAAGUUUGAUAAAAUCUCUCCGUCUUUCCUGGCUUAAACGAAUAUUUAGUGACAACUCAGGCGCGUGGAAAAACUACCUUGAAUACAUCUUGAAAGAUUCUGGAGGUCUAAUGCUUUUUAAAUGCAAUUAUAGUGUUAAGGAUCUUCAAAUUACCACUACCUUUUAUUUAGAAUUACUUGAAUGGUGGUCGGAAUGCCGAGAAGAUAAUGCUCUUAAUAACGAUUGGCAUUAUGUAAUUUGGAAUAAUCGAGACUUUAGAAUAGACGACAAGCCCUUUUUCUACAAGAAAUAUUACGGCAUUGGUAUUUGGGAAAUAGGAGACUUACAUUUUGAUCUCAGCAAUACGGAAUCCUACGAACAGAUCUCAAAAAAUGUUAAAAAGACAAACUUCCUUGAAUGGACUAGUAUGAGACAUUCAAUACCAACCAACUUAAAAGUUUUUAAUCACUCGGAUUCGAGUACCUUUAAUGCAAUACCUUCUUUUAAAAUCAAUGGCGGCGUUUUCGAC